AUGAAGCAUAUUUCUUCACUCAGCUCUAAAACGGAUUCGAAGCCCAGCUCAGCUAUACUUUUGUCUCCACUUGUCACAUUCUAUAAGCAUCACAAUCCCAAUCCCUCUCGUCGAGCAAUGGUCUGCUUCUGCCACGAAGUCUGCGUCACCGAUUAUUCUAAUUGCGUCUGUCGUCCAACAGACUCGCCGGAUUUCGUGUCGUUUGUCUGA